UUUAUUUCAUGCGUGGAAUGGCACAGGUAGAGGUUACUUUACAAGAUGGUCGGACAUUUGAAGGGACAGUAAUGAAUGCUGAUUUUCACUCUGAUAUUGCCAUUGUGAAAAUCAAUUCUAAAAGCCCUCUUCCCAUGGCAAAACUUGGUUCUUCAAGCAAGCUCCGACCAGGGGAUUGGGUUGUAGCAAUUGGGUGUCCACUUUCGCUUCAGAAUACUGUCACAGCUGGUAUAGUAAGUUGUGUUGACCGUAAGAGUAGUGAUUUGGGUCUUGGUGGAAUGCGAAGGGAAUAUCUACAAACAGAUUGUGCAAUUAACGUGGGAAAUUCUGGGGGUCCUCUUGUUAAUGUGGAUGGAGAAGUUAUUGGUGUAAAUAUUAUGAAAGUGGAUGAUGCUGUUGGAUUAAGUUUCGCUGUACCAAUUGAUUCAGUCUCCAAAAUUACAGAGCAAUUCAAGAAAAGAGGGUAUUGUAACACAUUUAGAGACUAAUAUUGUUUUACUAGUGAAUUGAAUUGAAUAUACUCCAUUUGUAACAACCCAUGCCCACCACUAGCAGAUAUUGUC